AUGCCUCUAGAGCAAACAAGCCGAGCUGAGGUGCCUGACAACGUCGAAGCGCCCGAGAGCUCGUCGCUGUCCUCCGUGGCUCUGAGCAUGAACUGGAACGAGAAGCACGCCGCCUCCUUGCACUAUACGCUGCUCAUCGUUGUUUUCGGUGUCUGGAUGUGAGUGUUCCUCGCAAUUUCUGAAUAUCACCUGCACAAACAAUAGCAAAUGCAAAAGCAUUUGAGCGUGUUUGAGAUUCAUAUUGGAAAGAAAAGCCUUUUCGGUCAAUGCAGGUUAUUUCCAUUUAACGUGGAAACUAGCGAGAAGUUCUCACGCAAUUAGCGGAAUUCUUACGAAAACGCCACGUUGCUGCUAUUUUCCUCGAAAAGGAUUAAUCACUGAAACCUUAGAGUUUAUUUUCUUUUUGAACAAAGACAUUUCUAAUCUGUCUUUUGCAGGAUCAUAGGGAUCUUUGUCGCCCGCGAAGUCUUUCUCGUGUUAACGGAUAAAAAGAGGUGGCGCAUUUCUGUGUAUCUUUUUUUUUAUAGCGAAUUGGGAAUUUCAGAAACGCUGCAGCGGAAGAAGAGCACGACACCUUUUACCUCGGGAAAUUUGAGAGGGUCAACAGAAGGAAAACAAAGAAAGGCCUGACCCUACUGAGUUCGCCACGACUUCUCCUCUAA